CAUCUGUUAUCUUAAACCUUUGUUCUCAAGUGACACAGAGAGGAGAUGGUGCAAAACACACUUUGCUAAAGGUUUUAUCUGAGGCUGCAUUUUCCAGGUUGUUUGUAUGCCAUCCAGGAUUAUAUAUGCCAGCCCAACAGAAGAAAGUGUUAUUCUGCGUUGCUGGCGUGCUAAGUUUUGCUUGUGCUCUCAGUAUUGCAGCAGCCAUAGGAACUCAGCUGUGGCUCAGAGGAAGAAUACUCUGCAAAACUGGAGCGCUGCUUGUCAAUGCUACCGGCCAAGAAUUAGAGAAGUUUAUUGGUGAAAUUCAGUAUGGACUUUUCUAUGGGGAGAGGGUUAGACAAUGCGGGCUCGGAGGGAGACCUUUUCGGUUUUCAUUUUUUCCAGAUUUGUUCAAAGUUAUCCCUGCGAGUAUCCAUGUGAGUGUUAUCCUCUUCUCUUUGGCGUUGUUAGUGUUUGCCCUGAUUGAGACUGGGUUCUUCAUGUACAACGCAUUUGGCAAACCCUAUGAAACACUGCAUGGUCCACUAGGGCUGUACCUGUGGAGCUUCAUCUCAUUUUCUUGUGGCUGCCUCAUCAUGAUACUCUUUUCAUCAGAAGUGAAAAUCCACCACCUCUCAGAGAAAAUAGCUAAUUAUAAAGAAGGGAGCUUUAUUUUUAAAACUCACAGUGAGCAAUUUGCAAAUUCGUUCUGGAUCAUUCUGGUGUGCUCCUUGGUACACAUUCUGAACAUUUUGCUAAUACGCCUUGCUGGAUUUGAGUUUCCUUUUUCUAAGUCGAAAGAUUCAGAGACAGCAAAUGGAGCAGUCGAUCUAAUGUACUAGACAAGUUUUGAACCAUGUUUAAUGAAAAUGGUUCAUCAUGACCUUUUCCCCCCAAGACACCAAAUGUAAAUAGGUUUAAAGGAUGUUUUUUAAAAA